AGGGCGUGUUUGUGAUUUCCAUGGCAGCCGAGUGGAGCCGCGCCGCGGGCUGAGGGGCAGGAGCGGGCAGCGGCGGGAGCUCCCCUCGGCGAUGGUGCCGGCCGGGAGCAGCGGCCGGGGCUCGGCGAGGGAGGCGGCGCCGGCAGCAGCAGCAGCAGCAGGAGCCGUGACCCAGCUGCCUGCCUCCCUCCCGCCUCCUUCCCGGCGCAGCGCAGAUCUUGAUCAUCUUGGACUAUAAUCUUCAUGGCGUGAAAAUCUGAAGAUAAUCCGGAGUAAAAGAUUGGUUUAUUUAAAGUGACUAUUGUAUCAAAAUGGUUGGAAAACUCAAACAAAACUUGUUAUUGGCAUGUCUGGUGAUCAGCUCAGUGACAGUGUUUUAUUUGGGGCAACAUGCUAUGGAAUGUCACCACAGAAUAGAAGAACGCAGCCAGCCAGUGAGGAUGGAAAGUGGGAGAACCACAAUAAGAACUGUCUUUAACUUAAAAGCAAAUAAAACCUUUGCUUACAAUAAAGACAUGCCUUUAAUAUUUAUUGGAGGGGUGCCUCGAAGUGGCACUACACUAAUGCGUGCCAUGCUAGAUGCUCACCCCGAUAUCCGCUGUGGAGAAGAGACUAGGGUAAUCCCUCGAAUUCUGGCAGUUAAGCAGAUGUGGGCCAGAUCAAGUAAAGAGAAAAUCAGACUGGAUGAAGCUGGGGUGACAGAUGAAGUUCUGGACUCAGCCAUGCAAGCCUUUUUAUUGGAAAUCAUUGUUAAACAUGGGGAACCUGCUCCCUAUUUGUGUAAUAAAGAUCCUUUUGCUCUGAAGUCCUUAACUUAUCUUGCCAGAAUUUUCCCCAAUGCCAAAUUUCUUCUAAUGGUACGGGAUGGUCGUGCAUCGGUGCAUUCCAUGAUAUCUAGAAAAGUCACCAUAGCUGGGUUUGACCUUAACAGCUACAGGGACUGUUUGACCAAGUGGAAUCGUGCCAUAGAAACUAUGUAUAACCAGUGUAUGGAGGUUGGUUUUGAAAGAUGCAUGCUGGUACACUAUGAACAACUUGUAUUACAUCCUGAAAGGUGGAUGAGAACUCUAUUAAAGUUUCUCCACAUUCCAUGGAACCAAGCAGUGCUACACCAUGAGGAAAUGAUUGGGAAAGCAGGUGGUGUCUCUCUUUCAAAGUCUAUAAAGGUGAAUUUCAGCUUCCUGAUUUUCUUAAAGAAAUGCCACAGACAGAACCAGUGGAGUAGAAUAUCUGAUGGACUUACCUUGCACAUAAGCAUUGCCACGGCUGUCUGCCCGGCAGACCUGGUUACAAGAGCCAGAGGGAUGGUGGUAGUCACAGGGCAGAACAAAGCCAGUGGAAAUCUGGACGAUGCCAUGUCGAGUUCAGAUGCAGAGGAUGAUUUCCAAGACCCUGCCACUCCUACUGCAACUCAGGCAGGGCACUUGCUGCCUCAGCAGUUCCCAGAAGUUGUUCCGCUUAAUGUAGGAGGCAUGUAUUUCACUACCAGGCUGUCAACACUAAGACGCUGUGAAGAUACCAUGUUGGCUGCUAUGUUUAGUGGAAGACACUACAUUCCAACAGAUGCUCAAGGCAGAUAUUUUAUUGACAGAGAUGGAACUUAUUUUGGAGACAUACUUAACUUUCUGCGAUCUGGUGACCUGCCACCGAGAGAACGGGUGAGGUCAGUUUACAAGGAAGCUCAAUAUUAUUCCAUAGGACCAUUGCUGGACAAUCUAGAGGAAGUCCAGCCUCUUAAAGGAGAAAAAGUUAGACAAGCUUUCUUGGGCUUAAUGCCAUAUUACAAAGAACACUUGGAACGGAUAAUUGAAAUAGCUAAGCUUAGAGCCAUGCAGAGAAAAGCAAGAUUUGCAAAGUUGAAGAUCUGUGUUUUCAAGGAAGAAAUGCCCAUCACCCCAUAUGAGUGUCCACUUUUCAACUCUCUACGUUUUGAAAGAAGUGAAAGUGAGACAAAACUGUUUGAACAUCACUGUGAAGUAGAUGUAUCUUUUGGCCCCUGGGAGGCUGUAGCUGAUGUAUACGAUCUUCUACACUGUAUUGUGACAGACCUGUCAGACAAGGGAAUUGCUGUGGAUCAUCAGUGCAUUGGUGUGUGUGAUAAACAUCUGAUAAACCAUUAUUACUGCAAGCGCCCCAUCUAUGAAUUCAAGAUUACUUGGUGAAACUGAGAAGAAUUGUGCAGGAGGAUGUCAGGGGAGUAUACUCCGAUAACUGCUUUAAAUAACUUUAUUGACUUAACUUUUCUUGGCGGAUACCAUCACAUUUUGCAAGUUCUAAAUUUGAAAAAACAAAACAAAACACUGAUCAGCUAACCCUCAUAUAUAUUUAAUGAAUGAUGUGUAGUUGUAUAAUGACUCCAGACACCUGCAUAACACUGAAUUUUUUUCAAUGACUUUAGAACCUCUCUUAGGGCUUAUAUCCAGGCACAUCCAGGAAAAUUCAUCCCGAUAAUUAAAGGUGUGAUUUUAAAGUGGAUUAGUUAAACUUCAUUAAAUCUCUUUGUGGGCGCUGUUAUUCAGAAUUAAAGUGGCCGUAAUUCAGUUAACUUCCAAACUGAAUUAAGGCCAUUGCAAGUUUGAAUGAAGAGGUUCUUGCAGGAUUUUAAUUUGGUUUAACUAGUCCACUUCAUAUUCACAAUUUUAGCUAAUUCAAAUUAAUUGUUCCUGGAUGUCCCUGUGUAGACAAGCCAUUAGUUAAACACCCUGUCUGUAUCCAGUUAUGUCCCUGCACAUCUCUCCGCCUAUCUGCCUAUUUCUCUAUUUCUGCCUAGUCUAAAGGCUGGUCUACGCUAGGAACUUACAUCUGCAUAGCUACAUCUCUCAGGGCAUGAAAAAUCCACACCCCUGAGAAACAUACUAACCUAACUCCAGGAUAGACAGCGGUAGAAGAAUUCUUCUGUUGACCUAGCUACUGCCUCUUGGGGAGGUGGAUUACCUAGGCCAUCGGUGUAGGUAGUGUCUAAACUGAAGUGCUGUUGCAGUGCAGCUGCAGCAUUAAAGUGUAGACAUUGAGUAUUUAUACCACUCUGUCACGGCAGUAUCUGAACACUUGUAAGGUAUAUUUCCUGUGCAGAAUCUCUCGCUUAUCUGGAUAAACAUCAGGGCCUCUGAUCAUUCUGAUAAAUGGAUCAUGUGGUUGCUUCAUGUCAUCAACAUCGUUUUGUUAUGAACGUCAUGCUGCCCUGCCUGUUGUCAGAGGAACAGUAAGUGCAGCCUGUUUAGCCUCCAAAUGUACAUACCUAGAAGUAUGGUGCAUCUUUAACAGCAUCUUUGGAGAGGAUGACUAUAAUUUUUUCAUUCUCCAGUGAUGCCGAAGGGAACCUGCUAACAGUGAGUGGAAUAUUUCAUGUAAACCUUCCAAUUGUUUUCAGUGUGCAAAUUGCAAAAGCUGGAUUACAGUGAAAUCUCUGCUAAUUGUGAUGACUUAAGGGAGAGAAAUUGUUAAGAACUGAGUUCUGUUUAAUUAUUUUUUAGGUUGCUGCAUGCCCAAAUAUUUGCUUUAAAAUUAUUAGUCUCUUAAAAACCUCUGUAUAUACAUUGGCUAGUGGUUUGAACAGAGCAAAGAGAGACCUGGAUCCUGUUAUUGGUUUUCCAGCUGACUUGUUGUGUGGCCUUGGGCAAGUUGCUUAACCUCUUCAUGCUCCAGUUUCACAUCUGUAAAAAGGGAAUAACGAUACCUCCUCAUCUUUGUGACGUACUUUGAGAGCUUAAUAUUAAAAGUGCAAAGUGGUACAUUUUAAAAUGUUAUAUCUAUGAAAGGCACCCGCCCGGAAUGUGAUGAGGUUUAUUUUACUUUAAGGAAGGUAUGUUUUAGUGUCCCAGCUAGUUGACAAUUGCUUCUUGAAAGGUAACUACAGAUUCGUAGGACCUAAGAAUGUAACAAAACGAGACAAUGAGCCUUCCCUGUGCUGCUCAUAAUGGCCCUUUUUGCCUAUAUACCACAAUACUACAUGAGGGUUGCCUGGCUAUGAUACAGUGCAGAACACAUUAGCUGUACAGGCAGCUAAAUAGUGGAUUUAAAUAGGUGGUAAUUAAUAGUUGGAAUUUUUUGGGACAUAAAUUAUACAUUUUGUCUCAUGGGUGCAGAGAUUUUGUUCCCCUGGUGCUGGCAUCUUUGUUGAUUAAUGAUGCAGACUGGCUAACAGCCACUGGCACAGUUUACUUCUUUCCCUCCGCCCUUCUCUGUUCCUGCUUUUCCUUUGAGACCCUUGAUUUGUUUUUGUAAACUGUUUUGAAACCUAGUUCCUGAUCUGUUCUUUACACUCAAUAUAGCAUGUAACUUUUUUUUAAGUAUUACCAACGGUAGAAGCAAUAAGAUUCAGAUUUGCACAGCAAAAAUGUCCUGGAGUCGCCCUGACAGAUUGUAUAGAGAUGUAGGGAGUCUAUCAGGGAAAUACUGUACAAUCUAGUAACAACAAAGAAUGAAUUCAUUAACCUGAAAGCUGUAGGUAGGCAUCUUUUCUUACUUUGGCUUUCCCGGCUUCAAGCACUCACUGGAGCGGAGACUAGCGCAGGGGCUUGGGGACGCUCUUGCCAGACACUCAGGGAGGACGUUUAUAAUUUAUUUUUUCCACAGGGGACACCUAUGAACCCUAAAGCCCUCCACAUAGCCAGCAUCAGUGUUGUGUGUGAAAGAUAUUUCAAUGUAUCUAAACUGAGCUGCACAAAAAUCCACAGUAAAUGGUGUGUGCAUUUGUUUGAGGGCAUAAAUGAAGAAUGGUGCAUUGACCGUAAUUUUGUAUUUCUAGACUUCUUAUCUUUCCUUUAGUUAACACAGUUAUUAUAUACUAGGUCUUUUCUAUAAAUAUUUAGCUGGGUCAUUGAGAAUGAGCAGAAGUAUCAAUUUACAUUUGCAGUGUAAUUCAAAAGGGGGUAAAUGUGUCUAAAAUGUAAUUCAUGUAGGCCCCAAUCCAGCAAACAAGCCUAUAAACUUUGAUGGGAUAUAUUUGACAUUAAGAAUGUGUUUAAAUGCUUUGCUGGAUCAGACUCAGACUGAAUUUUAAAUGUGCUAUUGUGACUUUUAAAUAUGUAGUUCUUAGAGCCUGGUAUGGACAUUUCGAGGUCUCUUCUUUCUACACAUGCAUUACUCCUGUUACUGUCAGUGGGAAUUGUGCAUGUAAAAUAAUUAAAGUACAUAGCCCUGAGUAGUGGUGUUUAACCUUCAAAGCAGUUUACAAAUAUUGACAACUGAAUUCUCACAAUAGCCGUUUCAUGUCACGAGCUAGCCUUUCUGUUUUACAGAUAGGGCAACUGAGUCAGGUAGAUUAAAUGACUUGUCCAAGUCCACAGAUCGUGUUUGAGCUGGAGUGAGCAUGCAGGAUAUCCUGGUUCCCUAUCCUUGUGCUCAAACCUAUCCCUAGACUAUAGACUAUCCCUAUUUUAUUUAAAUUGCUUGUGUAUGUCAACAUUAUUUGAAAUCUUGAUCACUGACUUUCUUCAGUAACAAUUUUCCUUUUGAACGUAGUUAGCCAAGAUAUGCUGCAGAAACUGAACAUUCUGUAUCCUCAUGUAUGUGUGUUUGGCUGGUACAGACACUUAAAAUAUUCCGUAUAUGGUCAAUUGUAAAAUAUAGUUCAACUAAUCAUCCAUUCUGGAGUCUCAGAAGAUUCAGAUGCGUGGAACAGACGAGCAUGUGGAUAUUUGGGACUAAUUGGAUUAAUGCUAACCCAUGAAAAUGAUUGUGAACACUUGCCAGGGGAAUGCUUUUUAGAGCAUGUCUCUCCUGUGUUUAGGAAUGUUAUGUGUGGAAAACUUCCAUUGAAUUAAGUAAUUCUGUCAUGAUCAUCAGCAAUUGGUUUCUGGAUUCUUGCAGUGAGGUUUGCUUUAGCUUAUAUGCUUCCCCCCCCCCCCCAUUUUAGACAAAUAGGCAUAACCUGAAAGCAUUCCAACAAAUACAAAGUUCAGUCUGUUAUUUACAGGAACUCUUCCUUGAUUCUUAAUAAGCAAGUCCCUAAAGAGGAUCUAACCAUGUACUUGGCAAUCUAAUUGAAAUGUAUUUCGACAAACCUUUGCUUAGAAAGACGAUUGAUUAAACCGCAAGACAUAGCAGUCAGCAUAGUGGAGCUGGGUAAUACAAGUCCUUGAAAGUAAGAGCCAAAGCCUCCUGUGUAUCCAAGGAUGCAUUAAUUUUACUGAAUACACAGCCUGGCUAGCUUUAGUGCCAUUUUAACACAGACACUUUGCUAAACUCAAAGGGUUAGUGGUACUUUAAGGUUAUUUUUUUUUAAAUGGUUACUGUGUUAAACAGUAAUAAAUCAAAUUUUACUGAAACUUUUGGGGGCAAAUUAUCCUGAUUUAUACCCUGUAAAAGUCAUGGCAGAAAUUGACCAGUUUUCUUGUUUACGGUUUCCAAUAUAUUUUUAUGCUUCAUGACUGAAUAUCUAUGUUCUGAUGUAUUUUUCUAUAAUGCAUCCUUCCCAGUGCUUUUAGCAUGCACUUUUUAUUACAAACACUGGAACUGGGAGGGUUUUUUAUUUCAGAACUUAUUUCCCCACUCUAGUUAUGAAUGACAAUUUCAGUGAGAUACUGCUCCCCUCCUCCCCCCUUCCAGUUUUCCAGCUUUAAGAGGCAUAAGGAGAUCAAGUGACUAGCCUGAGGACACACAUGGAGGUAAUGACUGUGACUGGAUUCUUCCUUGUUCCCUGCUCUUUGUUCUAACCUCUAAAUCAUACAUAUAUAGUCUACUUAAAUGCUCUAGAUUUCGGAAGUUUAUCUUGUAUGCAGGAGUUUCAAUAUCUACAGUGAGAGCCAGAAUACACCUUAAUUAAAAAAAUCCCUGGAAGUUAUCGGUUGGCAGUUGCUAUAGAGACACUGAAGAGGUGUCCUUGAGUAAGACAGUGUCAUCUUAUUUCUGUUGCGUCUCCCUUUAUUUCACCACUCUCCUUUUACUCCCUAUAGAGCAUUAGUAAUUUUUUUAGAAGUGACAUCAAUUUACACAUAAGCAAGUUCAUAGUUUUUGCAGGUUGUUUUUAGUAACGUAAAGAAGUUAGACCAAGGAUGCCCAUACUUGGGGAUUCUGAGGGGCUUAGUGGUGGACUUGCCAGAUCCUGAGGACUACAUCAUAUGUGUGUGUCUCUUCCUGUUGUUGUUCAUCUUAAAUUAGGACUUGAUUCUAUAAACAUGGUGGCAGGUCAUGAUCUUUUGGCCUCAGUCAGCAAUAGUGGUCAACGAGGCACAUUCUUCCCCCAGCUUUAUCUUCACAGGUCACCCUGGCUUAUGGAUGACCUGGGGAAAAUGACAUGAUAGGGAAGUCAGAUGCACUGGUGGUGAAAGUCUCAUGCCAAAGCUGAUAGUUUGCAUCAUACAGACUUUUUGAAUUCUCAUGCUGUGGUAGUGCCGGAGGCAAAGAAACGUUUGUCUCCAUCAUAGCAUCUGUGAAGUCUGUCGGUGGAUCUGUUCCUGGUGGUGGAUAGCUUGGCUAAUCUGGGUUGUCUGCACCUGGUUGCCAAUGUGAGUCUCUUCUGUUGUAAGGUUUCAGAGUAGCAGCUGUGUCAGUCUGUAUCUGCAAAAAUAAAAGGAGUACUUGUGGCACCUUAGAGACUAACAAAUUUAUUUGAGCAUAAGCUUUCGUGAACUACAGCUCACUUCAUCAGAUGCAUUCAGUGGAAAGGUAAUGCAGGUUAGUUUGGGGGUGAAAUGGAUCAGAUUUAGACUGAAGUAUGUCCAUGGAGGCAGGGUUUCCCCUGCUUGAGUUUCAGCCAAGGUCGCUUAGAGUUUGUGGAUGUGUUGGAAGAACUUCAUGCCAUAUCCUGUGCUUAGGAUCCUUGUGCUUCCUGGGUGGCAAAGCUCAGUGCAGAAGUACUGGGUCAUACAACUGAUCACCAGCCAGAAAGGGCAAUGAUACAAAGCACAGAAUAUAGCAUGAAGUUCUCCCAACACAUCCAGAGCCUCUGUGAGCUAGUGCCCGGGACACUUUGGACACAGGUGGCUUUAAGUAAUCACUGGAAGUACUGAGCCUUGUAGUUAUGCUGAUCUAUAUAGUUACUUACAGCUUCAAAAAAGAAUAAAUUUUUGUAAUGCUUUUUAGAUUGUCUCUUGCACUGUAGAGGAGAUCUCAGAUGGCUUUAAAUUUUCUAAUUGUUUAACAUUUUUAAAAACAAACGCUCAAGGUUGUUUCAUUUUUCUUUCUGUGAAUGAGCUGAGUCUGAUCUGGGAAUUCUAUUUAUUUAUUUUAUACAGAUCUUCAGAUGGAUGUUACUUUCCAGGACAAGAAUUUUUGGUCAUUUUACUUUCACAGGUUUAGUAUGAGUUUACAGGUAGUGCUUUUAUAAGGAUUUUUAUUUUGUCAUGUUUUACAUUUUGUCAGCAAGAUGUUGUCUAUAUGCAUUAUAAUCCUGAAUGCCUUUGAAAAACCAAUCCUAGAUACUGAUUGAAAGUUGGAGAUAUUCAGUGUCUGCAAAUGUGUGGGGUUGUUUUUACAUUUUAAAUAAGUUUGUGAAUAAUGUUAGUUUAAUAUUGUGGAUACUGUAGCACUUUGUCUUAUUAUGUAUUUUCAAUUCCAUGUAAACUAUGUAAUCUAUGUAUUUCAUUUAAUGUGUAAAAGAAAAAAAAUAUGUAUAGUCUGUUGUGAAAUAAAAUAUAUUAACUUGUUUUUUUAUAAUCUGAACAAAUAUAGAUGUGCACAAAAGCC